CUCUGAUAGAAACUCAGCAGACUGUGCUGGCAGCAGUGGGAGAAGAGGCUCAGUUAAACUGUCAGCUGAUGAAAGAGAAAGAUGUUCUGCAAGUCACAUGGCAGAAACUUUUACCUGACAAGGAGCAGAAUCUUGCUUCUAACAACAAAUACUUUGGUCAGAAAGUAAAUUCUGACUUUAUAGAUAAAAUGGAGUUUAAAUGUGUUGGACUGCUGAGCUGCUCCAUAGUUAUCAGGAAUGUAACAGAGGAGGAUGAAGGAUGCUAUCACUGUUUGUUCAACACCUACCCUGAAGGAGCUCUCACUGCUACAACCUGCCUCAGACUCUAUGAGCUGCAUGGCCCCGUCCUCCAUGUGAGAGCCUCAGACUCUCCUGAAGAGACAGUUGUGUCCUGCUGGGCCACAGGUCUAGCAGCUCUGAUAGAAACUCAGCAGACUGUGCUGGCAGCAGUGGGAGAAGAGGCUCAGUUAAACUGUCAGCUGAUGAAAGAGAAAGAUGUUCUCAAAGUCACAUGGUGGAAAAUUUUACCUGAUGAGGAGCAGAAUCUUGCUAUGUACAACAAAUACUCUGGUCCACGAGUAAAUUCUGACUUCAGAGAUAAAAUUGAAGUUAUCUGUGAAGCUGGACUGCUGAACUGCUCCUUAGUCAUCAAGAACAUGACGGAGCAGGAUGAAGGAUGCUAUCGCUGUUUGUUCAACACUGAGUCUAAAGAUGCUUUCAAUGGUACAACCUGCCUCAGAGUCCAAGAGCUGCAUAGAGCCGUCCUCCAAGUGAGAGCCUCAGACUCUCCUGAAGAGACAGUUGUGUCCUGCUGGGCCACAGGUGGACCUGCUCCCACAGUAACACUGACUGUCCCUCACUACAACUCUAGCAGAGUCACCAACAGCAACGGGACAGUCACUGUCACCACCACAGCUCUGCUGUCUGCUCUCCACCAUGAGAGCAGACAGGUUGGAUGUGUGGUGCGAUGGUCCUCUGGUCCUCUGAUAGAGGUGUCCACCAUCAUUCCUGCUGACAAACAGUCAUCUGUUGAACUUGCUUUGAUCUGUUCAUUGGUCGGGAUUGUCGGUGUUCUUCUUGUUGCUGCAUCCAUCAUUGACCUGCGGCGGCAGUGGCGGCUUAAACAACAUGACAACCGUCCGUCUGACAUGGACUCUGGGGAGACUGAGACAACACAAACACCAACCAGUGACACUCAUGAGGUCAGAACAUCUUUAAUGGAGCCAACGAUCGAGGCUCAGCUACUGAUGUCUUCUGGGGGGAAAAACAGAAUGAAGUGACCAAAAAUAAAAAAAACCUCCUUCAGAAUAAAACUUGAGUUUGAAUCAGAGUGAACUAAUUAGUACUACAGAAUACCCCACAAGACUGAAGUACCAACACAGAUGGUUGGAAAAUCCUGUAAGAGAUUCAUAUUUCAAUAUUACUCAGCUAUCAUGUACAUGUUCAAAAGGUGAAUGUACAUUUUAUUUUGACUAGUUUUUAAAACAUCUGUAAUAUAAUUAAGAUACAUUUGCAUUCUUUGUUUUGUACUUUUUUAAAAUGUGAUUUUCUUUCUCAACUAAAAUGUGUUUCAAUGUACAGCUGCUUUUUGUAUUUUGUAUUUAAACUGAAUUAUGCCAAUGUUAAAAUGACACGGUACUGUAUAUAUUGUAUAUACUAUUAUAUAAAUAAAAUGAAUGUUGUCUGAGAU